UGUCUGCAACUCGAUCUGUGCAUUCGUUCCAACAUCUCGAUUCCAAUAGCUGUCCCUGUGCGUCCAUGGCGAUUAUUCGGACGGAGACGACGACCAAGGUAAUGAGGAGCAAGGCAGCCGCGGGGGAGCUGUUGGUCAGGAAGGCGCUGAGCUCCCUGAGGUCCAGGCUGAUGUUCCUCUUCUUCCUCGCCUCCGGCCCCCGCCGCCGCCGCACGGCCAUGGCCGCCGCCGGCCACAUCCGCGCUCUCGCGCCGCGUGACGACCACCGGCGCCAGCAGGGACUACACGCGGCGGCGGCCGAGCUCGCACCGUCGGCGGCGGCGGCAGAGGAGCCGGCGGCCGCGCUGCAUGGACUCGAGAUCGCCGAGCUGCUGCAACAAGUGCUCGACGAGGACGACGAUGGCGGAUACCACCCGGACUGGACGGACUCGAUGUUGGACGACGAAGAGGACAAUUGCAAGGAUGAGGACGUGGACCGCGCCGCCGACUUGUUCAUACGCCGGGUCCGCGCCCGGAUCAACAGCACGAGCUUCUAGCUAGCUAGCUGCACGCUUGAUGCUUCUUCCAUCCCCUUCUAUCACUGCAUGCUUCAAUAUAUCACUGCAUCAGUCUGCAUGUAUUUCUAGUACGUACGUGUCUGAAACUUUGUUCUUCUUUUUGCCUGCCCUGCCAGGCAAUUACUACGCCUCUCACAACAAAGAAUGUCUCAAGUUUGUAAAAUUUUGUAUGUGUCUAAACAUGACUUAGUGUAUAUAGGAACAUUCAAAUUUGGUCAAAGUUGAGACAUCAUUUGUUUGUUGGACGGAGGGGUAUUUGAUUUGCCUCAGGCAAAAUUGAUGUGAUACAUGCUAAUACUAGCUAGCCAGCCCAGUAUAUCCGUUUGUUUAUUUUGUGUUCUACGAAAAAAUUUGAAGAAGGGAAUAAGAUUGAUGAUUUAAUUUGCACAA